AUGUUCAAUAAAGAUAAUUUGUCCAAAUUACUUUACUUUUAAAGAUUACGAAAUAUCACCUCUGAAAAAGAUUAUGAACCAAUUCUAUAGAGCUUUACCCAAUAGGCCAAACUUCAUUACUUGCCUAAAGAUAGAUUUGUGUUUAAAUACAAACUCAAAAUUGAUUACUUUCUCAUACUUCUUAAAGGUAGAUGUCUUAAAUUAAUACCUAAAUCUCAUGAAUAACUUACUUAAGAAAUAAAGGAUUUAGAAAUGAGAUAUCCUGGCAUUCAGAGAUUGCCAUAAAAUUUCUAUCUAAAUCCCUCGACCAAAACACUCUAUUUCAAAGGCAAAGAAACUUAUCCAAAAGAAAAUCUUGUAACUUUAUAGGAUUAGUUAAAUCAAUUGCAAAUUCCAUCCUUUUAGAUGCUAAGCUUAAUGGCUCAUCUAAUCGAAGGACAUGUUGUUAGAUUUCAAACUGCUCAUAUUAUUAACGAAGAUGAUGCGCUAAUUGAAUCUAUCACCAAAAAUGCCCAAUGCACCAUCAUUACAUUAGAUAACUGUGAGUUCCUACAAUUAUAAAUCCAAUAAUAUUUGGAAAUCAUAGAGACUUCUAAAAGAAGGAAGAAUGAAAAAAUUGAGUAUUUAAUGUGUCGAGCAUUUUAGGAUGGGAUUAAAUAUCCUGAUUUCAAAAGGGUCCUCCAAGAAUUGAUCAUCUCUUCAGAAAGAGUUAAAUUAUGCAAUCACCAAAAUCUAUAUUCCUUUGAAAUGUAAUCCCAAUAUGUAUAUUUGAUUUUGAAAGGAGAAUUUUACGUUUCCUAUAGCAGUCAUAACAAUAACUUUGAAGUUUAAAUUUGUGGCGGUGAUACUCAAUAUGAUAAAUUCAAGAAAACAUUAAGACAUGAUUAAAAGCAUGUAAAACAAUUGGUUCGAUACCCUAUUUAAAUUAAUGAAAGCACUUUUGAGCUUCUUAAGUAGUCAAACAAAUUUUCAAAUAGGGAAUAUGUUUUAUUGAAGUUGGGACCAGGUUAAUUAUUAGGUGAAGAAGAUUUCAAUCAUGAUUGUUUUAAUAAUGUUUAUCAUUCAUUUAAUUGUUAAUGUGUUAGUGCCAAGGGAAGCGUUCUAGCAAUUAAAAAGGUUGAUGUCUAUCGUAUUUGCAUUGUUAAUGAUUGGUUUGCUAAGCUUUUUCAUAAGAGAUGCGAAAUGAAAAGAAAAUGGCUUUAGGAACGCUUUGAAACUCAUAUGAAUAAGGACAUAUAGAAUGAAAUUAUGAAAAAGACAAUCCAACCUGAAAAAACCUAAAGAGUAGAUGAUUCCUUAUUCGUAAGACUCAAAAUUAUAGAUGAAGAAGCCAGCAAACAUAAAAGCACUAAAAUCUAGAAAACUUAAAUUUCUCCAGAAAGAGAUCUUACUACUCGUUGCAAUCAAAGAAAAGUGGCACUUAAAAAGCUCAUUGAGCAUAAUAGAAAGUCUAAUCCUAACAAUGAUCCAAAUUGUAUCGGCAUGAUAUAAUAUCUUAUUAAAUUGGAUCGACAUAAAUAAAUGUUGCUCCAACAUUCAAUAAGAUUAGCAUUAGGAUCAUAAAUGAGUAAAUAAAGGAACGCGUCCCAGCAUACUUAAACUAAUGACCAAUCAAUUAGCAAAUCGAAAAUAUCCCCACAACGAACAUAUUCUUAUCGAUUAGGAAGAAGCAAUUCAUUGAUUAGUAGUGUUAUUAAUUAUAAAAAAUGA